AUGGCUCGUAAAAAGCAGACCGCUAGAAAGGCAAAUCAAAUACCUAAUCUGGUAGAUGCAGUUAAUGCAACGAAGGAGCAUCAGAGACUGAGCAAAAAAUCAAAUCAGCCGGUGAAGGAAAUGGCUCCGAUCAGAAGUAGCAAGAAUAAAAAGGAUAAGCUUGCGCUGGUAACUCCUCCAUCCAGACCUCCCCGCAACACAAAAUACCUAAAUGUCGGUCUAUUACGAGGAAAAACACCGAGUGAGGUAGCCUUACUUAUCCGCGAACCCAGAGACCCAUGUGAUGAUUCGUCUGAAUUGUCCUCUUCAUCCUCUCUUGUUAUAUCUGCAACUGGAAGCAUAGAAGAAGAAGUCGCAGAACAUGACGAAAUUGCUUUAGGAGGUGAAUAUGUUGCUUAUGAUGAUGAUGAUGGUAAUGAUGGUAACGGUGGUGAUGGUGGGGAUGGUGGUAAUCAUGGAAAUGAGGAGGAGGAGAUUCAAGAGGAGGAGGAGGAUGAAGGUAAUGAUGAUGGGGAUGAGGAUGAAAAUGGUGGUGCUAGCGGUGAUGAAGAGGGGGAUGAGGAUGAUGGUAAUGAUGAAAAUGGAUCAUAA